UGAAAAAUCAUAUGAUGUCAUGUAUUGCAAUGAUUUCAAUAUAUCAAUGAAUUGAUUGAUAAAAUAAAAAUAAAAUUCAAUCAAUUAUUUUUCGGUCCGUUUUUUUUGUAUCGGUAUAUAAACCAAUUGUGUUAUAAAAUAACCGACCGUUUAGGAGACGAUACAGCACUGGUAUCAUCAGUACAGUAGAUGCCGAGCACUGGUAGCCAACAGCAUAACAUCGACACAACAACUCCGCCGACGACGACGACAUUACCGAUGGCCACACAAACACAUUCAGUAGACCCCCGGCAACAACAGUCGGCGUCCUAUUAUACUGAAGAGACUUCGGGCGGAAAGUUGACCCGAAAGGCUAGAGAUAACCCGUUUUUCCCGAUCGCGUUGACUGGUUUCGGGUGUGCGGCCCUAUACGGUGCCUACCGUUUCAAACAUCGGGGCGAUAUGCCCGUAUCACUCUAUCUGAUCCAAUUGCGAGUGGCCUCCCAGGGUAUCGCCGUCGGCACAUUGACCUUAGGAAUGGUCUAUAUGUUAGGCAAACGGCUAUACAAUAACUACUAUAAUAUACCCAAUGAUCCCAAAUAAUAGCAUUUUUCUAGUUAUUAUUAUUAUUAUUAUACGGCUAUUAAAUUGGUUAUACACUUAUAUAAAUGAUAUAUUGAUUGAUAGAUAGAU